UCACACUCGCGCGUCCAUAUUACCUCCUCGCAGCGCAUCAGUGCACUGCUGAGCGCCACAGACGCCUGCGCCGUCUCACACUCGACGACGACGAGCUCUUCCGCGUCGCUGCAUCUCGCCCGCCAUGCUGCGCGCCAUGCUGCCUCGGCUCUUCGCGCGUGCCGCACCGGCCGCCUCGUCGCUGCGCGCUGCACCCCGCCCACUGCUGCCGGCCGCUCGGCCAGCACUGGCGCUGGGCGCUGCAGAGACGGCGCGCGGCAUGAAGGUGCGCUCGUCGGUGAAGAAGUUCUGCGACGGCUGCAGCAUUGUGCGCCGCAAGGGCCGGCUGUACAUCAUCUGCUCCAAGGACCCGAAGCACAAGCAGCGGCAAGGGUGAUGGAGACGUGAUGUCAAAGUGCGAAGGGAGGGACGGACAGACGGGCGUAGACGGGUGUAGAUGGGCGCAGACAGCUGGACGAGACGAGAUGGGGUCAGGGACGGAGCGGAAUGGAUCCAGAGGAUGGAUUCAGAGCUGUUCUAUGGGCGGGCCGAGACGCAAUGCUUGAUCCAGCGUUGCCAUGCAUCGCCUCAGAUUUCAGCCUGAUCAGGUCGAAAGUCGAAGAGGCGUCACACAGAAAGAGAGAAAGGCGCUGGCAAGAGCAUGCGCUCUCGAGGAUUGUGCUCUAGCUUGUGGCGGGAGACGAGCAUUGCCAGCGCCGGACACAAGCGAGGAUCACG